UCAUUGUCACAUUCCACAAGGAAACAAAUCACGACCCACGAGAUCGAAGAGUACACGCCGACACAGAGCGCUUGCGCACACACGGCUAGCGUAGCAUCUCAGAGAAGGGCGUCCUCGAGCUCGGUAGCAAUGUCGACUCGAUGCUUCUUGGCGCUUGGCUGCAUUGCCGUGGCGGCAAUGUCGCUCGCCGUGGCGCCGGCGGACGGCGCGAUCCUCCCUUGGUUCGGGAGCGGAGGCGGCAGUCGUGGAUCCCGCGAUGACGCGGUGGCAUCGCCGCUCCAGGACGUAGCCCUUCUCGCCGACCCGUUCCGGAUCCUGGAGCACGUCCCGUUCGGCUUCGACCGCGACGACGUGGCCAUGGUGUCCAUGGCGCGCGUGGACUGGCGCGAGACCUCCGACUCCCACGAGAUCGUCGUCGACGUGCCAGGGAUGAGGAAGGAGGACCUAAAGGUGGAGAUCGAGGAGAACCGGGUGCUGCGGAUCAGCGGCGAGCGGCGGCGGGAGGUGGAAGAACGGAAGGGCGACCACUGGCACCGGGAGGAGCGCUCCUACGGCAAGUUCUGGCGCCAGAUGCGCCUCCCCGACAACGCGGACCUCGAUUCCAUCGCCGCGAGCCUUGACGCCGGCGUCCUCACCGUGCGCUUCCGGAAGCUGGCGCCCGAACAGAUCAAGGGCCCGCGCGUGGUUGGCAUCGCCGGGGGCGACGAUAGCUCCGCUGCCAAGAAGACCAUCGGCGACGCCGGUGCCGCUGGAGGCGAAGAGCGCCAGACCAAGAAAGUCGAGCUCUGAAUCCUGAACUCUGCACUGCGCAGAGUACCAAUGUUCUUACCACUUUCUAGUACGCGCUUGUCAGUUUCGCUUCUCAGUACAGCGUGUGGAAAAAUGUGAUGUACUAUUUUGAAUGUAAAAGCGACACUGAGUAGUCGAUUCACUCUAGCAUGUAAGAGAAGUUCACCGAGGAAAUAAGACACCACAGAUCACUUUGUUUUGCC